CCCCAACCGGAAGUUAUACGCUGAGGGGAGGGUGUCCUCUCUCCCCCCCCCCACAAUGAUUCCCAAAGAAACGAUGAAGACGUAGCCGGGCGGCGAGGGCAGCGACGGGAUGUCGGUGAAUUACGCGGCGGGGUUGUCGCCCUACGCGGACAAAGGGAAGUGCGGCCUCCCGGAGAUUUUCGAUCCGCCGGACGAGUUAGAGAGGAAGAUCCAUCAGCUGGCUGACUUGAUCCAGAAUUCUUUCAAUGUGGUCUUUCACACCGGGGCGGGUAUCAGCACAGCUUCAGGGAUUCCAGAUUUCAGAGGCCCGAAUGGGGUGUGGACCAUGGAGGAGCGGGGCCUGGUGCCCAAAUUCGACACCACCUUUGAGAACGCGAGGCCGUCGAAGACUCACAUGGCUCUUUUGGAGCUCCAUCGAGUGGGCAUCCUGCACUUCUUGGUCAGCCAAAACAUAGAUGGGCUUCACGUGAGAUCUGGCUUCCCCAGGGACAAGCUGGCGGAACUGCACGGAAACAUGUUCGUAGAGGAAUGCAUGAAAUGUGGCAAGCAAUACGUGAGGGACACCAUUGUGGGCACCAUGGGGCUCAAACCCACCGGCCGGCUCUGCAACGUCUCCAAACACCGAGGGCUUCGUUCCUGCAGAGGCAAGUUAAUGGAUACCAUCUUAGACUGGGAAGAUUCCCUGCCAGACCGUGACCUCAAUUUGGCCUCCGAAGCCAGCAGGAGGGCCUCCUUAUCCAUCACCCUGGGGACCUCACUGCAAAUCAAGCCCAGCGGGAACCUUCCGCUACUGACCAAGAAGAAAGGCGGGAAGCUGGUGAUUGUCAACCUGCAGCCCACCAAGCAUUGACCAAAGUAACAACGGCCCCGAAAAAAGGGACUUAUGACCGUUUUUCACAUUUAACGACGGUUGCAGCAUCUCAGCAGUCACAUGAUCAACAUUUGGAUGCUUGGCAGCUGGUUCAUAUAGGUAGUCCUCGACUUGCAACAGUUUGUUUAGUGACCGUUCAGAUUUAACAACGGCACUGAAAAAUGUGACGUGACCGUUUUUCAAAGUUACGACCUUUGUAGCAUCCCCAUGAACAGGGGAUCAACAUUCAGAUCCUUGGCAGCCGGUUCAUAGUUACGACUGUUAUUGUGUCCCGGGAUCAUGUGAUCCCCUUUUGCGACCUCCUGACCAGCCAACAACUGCAGGGAUUUGCUUAAUGAUGGUGGCAAGAAAGGUUGUAAAACAGGGCCAAACUCACUGAAGAAUCAAUCAAUCCUGGGCAGAAUUCCGGUUGUAAGCAUGGAAGGCAGUUACAGCUGCAAGCUUGACUUCAAAGAAACUUCCAAUCAACCCUCCAGAUUUUUUCUUUUUCUUUUUGCGGUUCUUUUAGUGAUUAAUCGAUAUUUGUCCAUACAGGAACAUGUUAUCUCCUUUUGAUAAUAAUACUUUAAAAAAAUAAUAAAGGCAUUCCAAAUAUUUCAGAAAAAAAAGGAAAUUCUUCCUUUUUCCACCUCCUGGGAAAAACCCAUCCGCACAGUUUAUAACAGUUGUCAUUCUGCAAUCUGGGGAUUUUCCUAGAGAAGCUGGCCUGGUUUGAAACCACACGGAGGGAGGAAUUUCCUGAGAGCUGUGUUAUUACAGAUACAGGUAGUCCUUGACUUACAACAGUUCAUAUAGUGACCGUUCAGUUACGCCGGCACUGAAAAAAUGUGACUUACGACAUUUUUUUCACACUUAGGACCAGGGGUGAAAUGCUCCCAGUUCGCACUGGUUCUCCCAAUUAGGUAGAGAUGGCAGCUGCUGGUUUGGAGGACCGGUAGCAAAAAUCCCUGGCCCCACCCCCCCUGCCUCUGCUGAGCCCCACCAUCUGCAGAGAAUUAUUUUUUUUUACUUUUAAAAGCCAGUUUUGCUUCAGCCGAAACAUGCCUUUAAAAGUAAAAAAAAGCCUUUGAGGAUCCCGCCCCUCAGCUGAGAUCGGCAGAGACUUUAAACUUAAAAAAGAAUAUAUUUAAAGGCUACUCUGGUGAUCUCACCUGAGUUCCUCAUCAGCAGAACCUUAAAAAACAUGUUUUCUGUAGAAAACAUGUAAAAAACUCCUUUAAAAGAGUGUGAGCCACUUACCUGAUUACUGAUCGACCACAUGGCUUUUCUCGCAGCCGGAAAGCCCC